GUCAAUAAUUGUUGUUGUUUUUUUAACUUCCGACGUUAAAUUUCGUUGAAAGUUUAAAAUUUAUUUUAAAAAAGAAAAAAAAUAUUGAAAAAAGAAUGGAACUUCCAAAUAUAGGAAAAAAUUGUUCAUUAAGUACAUGUAAUCAAUUAGAUUUCUUACCUAUUAUAUGUGAUUGUUGCAAAAAGACAUUUUGUAAAGAACAUGCACAUUACGACAAUCAUGUUUGUCCUACAGCAACAUUAAAGGAUCGCCGAGCUCCUACCUGCCCUUUAUGCAAUAAAAUUGUUUCAAUCUUACCUCAUGAAUCGAUUGAUCAAAAGGUCAAUGAUCAUAUUGAAAAUGAUUGUAAAUCAGAUCUUGCAAAACACACGCGCUCACAAAGGUGUAUUGCUAAAGGAUGCAAAAAUCGUGAACUUGUUCCUGUCUUAUGUUCAUUAUGCAAACAAAUUGUAUGCUUGCGUCACCGCCAUGAAAGUAAUCACAAUUGUCCUGGAGAAAAUGUUAGAAAAAAAAGGAAUGAAGCUUUUGGAAAAUCUACAAUUCCUUCUAGAAUAUCACCAAUAUCCUACAAUGGAAUGAAUGAAAAUGAAGCUAUAGCUGCUGCCCUAAAAGCUUCUGCUGAUCAUUUAAAAACCAAUCAAUUAGAAUCAAAAUCUGGGUUAACAGAACAAGAACAAGAAGACUUUGUUUUAGCUCAAGCAUUAGCACAAUCUCAAAUAGAUGAACAAGAGAGGCAAAGAAGAGUUAAUUCACAGAAAAACGAAAGCAACUGUGUAAUUAAUUGAUUUGAGGCGAGAUAUAAUUUAUUAGACAACAAAAAGUUUCGUUAUUACAAAUUUCAGUUUUUGAAUACGAUUGUUUUAUUUAUUAAAUGAAAAGCAUUUUUGUUUUUUCGCAAAAUAUAUUACUGAUAAAUCUAA